CAAUAUAUAAGCGGGACCUCGAUCACCUGUGACCUAGCUCUACAUGUCAGCACAGUCAACUCCAGAGCAGAUACUGGAAAGCCACCGACAGGCCAUAGCCGAUGAUAUGUUCGACCCAGACAGCAUGGAUGGGCUACUUACACCGGUUCACACGCCAGAGACGCUCGAACAAGACGACGAGUUCGACUACCUUUUUAACGAUCCAGACGAAGAGCAGCACCAAGGUCACGAGCCGGGAGGCGAUACACCAACAUCUCAGGUGAACAGCAUCGACGCAGUCCCACCCAUCAACGCACCACCGAACACGACAGGCACCAAGCGGAAGCACGAAGACGACGACACUACCGACCUCCCUCACUCCGCCAACACCAACACCACCCAAGCCGCACCCCUACCCCCUCCCCCAUCACCCCAGCACCAAGCCCUCCCGCCUCCAUCCGCCCCAGCCCCACCACCAAUGUCCAACGCCCCCCCCUCCUACGCCCCCAUAAAAACCCGCCCGCGCACCCGCCCCCGCGCCCCCGCCGCAAAGAAACAACCGCGAAACCCCCCUCCCCCGCUCCCCUCCCCGACGCCCUCCAACGACGCGCUCCCCGACUCGGACCCCGCGAAAUUGUGGUGCGUAUGCCGGCAGCCGGCGCGGGGGCGCAUGAUCGCGUGUGAUGCGCCGGGGUGCCGGGUUGAGUGGUUUCAUUUUGGGUGUGUGGGGUUGAGGGGGGGGAGGGGGAGGGGGAGGGGAAAGGUGAAGGGGGAGUGGGUUUGUGGGUUGCAUCGGGGGGAGAGGGGGGAGGGUGGUGGGAAGGGGAGUGGGGGGAAGGGGGUGAAGAGGAGGAAGGGUGGGGAGUGA